AUGGUCACAUUCAAGGAAUGCGACCUUCUUUCGGUUGCUACUUACGUCCAAGGCUCGGAGAAGGUACCAUCAUUCAUCCUCAACACCCGCAACCGCCCGAUCAGAAAUGGUUUCUACUCCAUCUACGCCUUCCAGUACCCCGAUGGCUCUAAGUACGCCGUGCAGCUGCCAACGUACAUGCCCCAUGAGUCCGAGGAGGAACGCAGCGCCAUCAGCACUACGAUUGACGAGGAGAUCAAAACAUUGGAACUUCUGAUCAAUGUGAAAUUCCCCUGGUCUCCGCGUCCGGUCACCUACUCGAGUAACUUUGAUAAUGUCUUGAAGUUCCCCUUCAUGAUCUUGAGCUUGACGCAUGGCGAUCACCUGCAGUGGAACGAUCAGGUUCCUGCUGAUUUGAAAGUUCGUGAGAAGGUCAUGAUGCAGCUUGCCCAUAUCAUGAUUGAUCUGGCUACGGUUACCGAGCAGAUGGGUAUAUUCCAAUCUCGCCCCUGGAACUACCAUUCGACUGACCGUUUCGUGGAUACAGGAAUGACAUGCGAGCGGUUCCUACUCGACAUCGUCGAUAAGAAGACACUGGCCGUGAUCCGCGAAGACAUGGCCGGAGUCAACAUCGUCGAGUGCUUGCAACUACGGAAACUCGUCCGAGAAGCAUUCCUCAUUCCCAACGAGGUCUACUCCCACCCCGGCGAAUGUCUUGAAGGUUGCACCCACAUGCGCAACAACGAAAGAUGCAUGAAAAACGUGAACAGACUAUGUACCAAGUCCUCGACUUCUAUCUCCCACGAAAACCUGACCGCAGACAACAUCAUGAUCGACACCGACUACAACAUACAAGGACUGAUCAACUGGUCCUUUGCAAAACGUCUCCCAAUGCGCCUCGCCCUCCGACUCCCCCUGCUUCUCUCGAUCGAAUCCCACAAACUCGAAGACACAGCCGACGACAUGCCAAAUCUAAUAUCUCGCUACCUUGUGCCAUCCCAAAAGAUGCAACAAGACCGCGAAGCCUACGCCUUCCACCUAACCCGGGAAUUGAUCCAAAAAAUACCCCCUUCCACAAUCACCGGCUCCACAAUCGCCGAAUGCGCGCCCUUGGCCUGCGAGGUCUACGACGUAGACUGGAAACACCUGAUUUUCAUGGCAUCCUACUCAACACGCACUCACUGGUGGAUGGCGCGUCGCAAGUGGCUGCUUGACGGGACGUUUGCGCACUUGAGUGGGAAGUUGCUUGAUCAAGAGAAGGGGUGGGAUCACGACGUGCCGCUUGAGGUGUAUCGGUUUGCGGAGAGGAAUAUUUCGGAGCAUGGGACUGCGGUGCGGAAGAAGUUUGCCUUGAAGAAUUUUAGAAGGAGUAAGGCGGGCCAGGCGUUGCAGUGGGAGUAUGUUUUUAGGUGGUUGUAUGGGCAUUUUAGGGAGAAAGUAGCUGUUGUUGAGGGUGAGAAGUGA